AGGUAGAUUAGACAUGCGGUUCCACUAUCAACAUUGCUAUUACUAGAACGUAAAUUUAUCGAAUAACGAACGACCUUAUAUACUCUUGAUAAAAGUGUGGGUAACACAGUUUUACAUUGCCGCAAAGAACGUAAAAUGUCGCAUUGUCUUAAAAUGAAGAACGGUGUUUUCGAGGCAAUAAACGCGGUGCUUAGAAAGAGCGAGGAUACUUCGAAUCUAAAAGAAGAGGUGAGAGGUUACGAUUGGAAUAAGGGUAUCAAUUAUGGCCGCUUGUUGGAAACGUAUGCAAACACCGGAUUUCAAGCCACUAAUUUUGGUCUGGCAGUCAACGAAAUAAACAAAAUGAUUGAAUGCCGCCAGCAGCCAACGCCGGCACAGAACGGCGUCAACGGUACGGAUCACUGGUCCCCAAAAAACAACUGCACGAUUUUCUUGGGAUACACCUCCAAUAUAAUUUCUUGUGGCCUACGCGAAACCAUCAAAUUUCUCGUCCAGCACAAGAUGAUCGAUUGCAUUGUGACCACCGCGGGCGGUGUGGAAGAAGAUAUUAUAAAGUGUUUGGCACCUACUUACUUGGGUGACUUUCACCUAGACGGAAAUGCACUCAGAGACAAAGCGAUAAACCGAAUCGGAAACCUACUAGCACCAAACGACAACUACUGUAAGUUUCAAGAUUGGAUCAUGCCACUUUUGGAUCAGCUACUACAAGAGCAACGAACCGAUGGUGCUCUUUGGUCACCGAGCAAAAUUGUAAAACGAAUGGGCGAGAAGGUCAAUGACGAAGAGAGCGUCUGCUAUUGGGCGGCAAAAAAUGACAUUCCAGUAUUUUGCCCAGCGCUCACCGACGGCAGCAUUGGAGACAUGAUAUUCUUCCAUUCUUUGAACUCGCCGGGACUGAUCGUCGAUAUUGCGUCGGAUGUUCGGCGUUUGGAUCUGAUGGCAAUUAAGGCUUACAAUAGCGGCAUGAUAAUUGUCGGCGGUGGUCUAGUAAAGCACCACAUUUGCAAUGCCAACUUAAUGCGAAACGGAGCCGAGUACGUCGUUUACUUGAACACCGCUUCGGAAUUUGAUGGAAGCGACGCGGGUGCCCGGCCCGAUGAAGCCAAAUCCUGGGGUAAAAUUAAGCAGUCGGCAACACCGGUUAAAAUUUUUGCCGAGGCCACGCUCGUGUUCCCAUUACUUGUCGGGGAGACAUUCGCCAAACAUUAUUUCGCUAAUAAGGCGAAGAAUGGUUUUUAGUUCAAUAAUCUAGUCGCUAGUAAUGAAUACAAAGAGGCUUCGUGGACCGAAGUAAUAAGGAAACGUCCGGAAGAUUUAAACAAAUCGUGAAACGUCAAUCUUGGGAAAAUGUGGUUCAUCUACAAACACCUAGUUAGAAACGGUGAUUUUGCAGGUAUAAAAAGGCAUCUUUAAUUCCUGAUACGUAUACAAUUUGACCCACGAAGACUGUCGGCGAUCCGCGCCCCUACCCCCCAGGUGGCACAUUUCUGAUUUCCGUUAAAUUUAAUACCUUUGGGCUAUUAAACUUAGACAAACUUUAACAUUAGUUUUUUAAAUAAUCCC